UCGUAAGUUAGCGUGCGAUAACUUGAGCAAAUAAUUAACAGAAAGUCCCUAGUGUCACAGAUUCUUUGGUAUCUCGUCCGAUCCAUCACACCACCGUGUGUAGACUUGUUCGCACUUGUGUGUAGACUGCAGAGAUUGCAGACCUGUCUUUUCUGAAUAAUCAUGUGUUACGGUAUGCGUUUUAUGUUUGCCUGUUGAUCGAAUUUUAUACAGUUUUGUCGGUGCAUGACCGAUUUAAAAUACAUGUCACGAUUUUCCUUUCAAGGAACGCGAAAGGUGAUUUCCGAAAACCGGAUUGAUUGACGCAUGUGAAAGUCUGGUUACCCUUUUAUCAGGGGAGCAUUUACAUUCUGCGUGAAGUCUUGUUGCUCUCUUCCCUCAACAACGAACAUGGCUUACUUAACUCACUAGUCACUGCUAUGAGCGUGCAGUCGAAAAUUUCUUACAUACUCCGGAAUGAUCAUCGCCGAUCGCAAGAAUAAUGGGGACGCGUUGUUUCCGUCAGUGCAGGGUGAAGUGUUGCAUCAACACCCGCUGCCAUGAGAUCCCCACAGGUGCUGAUUCAACGCUGUCGGCAUUCCGCAACACUCGUUGGAAGCUACCUCGUCCCCGCCGCAUCGCUUUUCUCCUCUUCAGUUGCGCCUUCUCCUUUGCCACCCUCCUAUGGAUUUUCGUGUUCAUCGUAUCGGUAAGCAGACACCGACCCCGCAACUGUCCUUCCCCUGCACCCUUUCCCCUGGAAGACAACGAGGAGUAUGUGUGCAAUGCCAGCGGGUAUUACGAUGCCUACCACCAUCGUCCCGUGCGCUGGCGUAUCUUCUACGAUCAGCACGACCCCCUCAAUGGGUCGGAUAUUGUACAGCUGUGCGACAAGGCUCCCGCAACGCUGAUUGGACGACAGCGUGUCAACUUGGCUGUGCGCUCAGAUGCGGAUAUAAUCGCGGACAAUCCGCAGGUGCAACACGGAGGACACUGGAAUCCUGAUCACUGCGUGCAGCGGGGACGGCAUCGGUUGGCCGUGUUGGUUGUCUACCGCAAUCGCACUGAACACUUGCAAGUUUUCCUGAAUCAUCUUCACCCUUUUCUGCAACGGCAGCAAUUGGAUUACAGGAUUUUUAUUGUAGAGCAAGCUGGAGACGAAACGUUUAACCGCGCCAAAUUGUUUAAUGUGGGGUUCCUGGAGGCCAAUAAGAUCCGUGAUUACACCUGCUUUGUCUUCCAUGACGUUGAUAUGAUACCGGAGAACGAUAAAAACUCCUACAACUGUCCGGAAUCCCCGACAUUGUUAUCCACUGCCCUGGAGAAAUUUAAAUACAAGGCCAUGUACGCCAUCUAUUUCGGCGGCGUGGUGUCCUUCACCAGUCAGCAGUUUAGAAGUAUUAACGGAUUUUCUAAUCUGUACUGGGGCUGGGGUGGGGAAGACGACGAUCUGUUUGCGCGUGUUAACGCGAAAAUCGGCGACUGGGACAGAUCACCGGUGGAUGUUGGUCAGUACACUAUGAUCAAACAUGGCAGCGAUACCGGCAAUCCAAAAAACCCCGAGCGCUACGCACUUUUGGAAAGCGCUGCAGAGCGGUUCGAUACGGAUGGGCUGUCCAGUGUGACGUACAUUGUCCGCGCCUUUGAAUCACGACCGCUGUAUACAUGGAUGCUGGUGGAUAUUGGGCAGCCAGCUUGAAAACGGGCAUUUGGGUGAUACUAGGGCGGUGUGCUCAACACAGGCUUCGGAUGUAAAUUUGAACGGUAGAAAUCGGAAUGGAUUGUGUGUGUGUCUGUGCUUGAUGACCAGUAUUCGUGUUAACCACCAGUAUUACGGAAUCCGUUUUGCUUCAUUGCUCACUGACAAUUAUUUAAUUUUUUAAACUCAUGUUUUAAAAGUUUUAUAACUGAUGGCAAAUAUAAGAGAAUGAUACUAAUUGUUUUAUAACUGUACCCCUUUUAUGAGUGAAAUUGAGUUGACGCCAGGCGUGUGAUGGUGUUUCGACUAGCUCAUCAUAGAUGCUAUUCAGAAACAAUCACUUACUAACAUUCCGUGUCGAGUACGACCGUAAUAAAAACAUAAUACGUUUGCUUGGAUAUAAUGCCAAAGUCCACUGACGUUUUCUAAAUUUUAUUUCCC